GUCAGAAAGCGUUCAGAGGAGACAGGAGCAGAGCAGCGACCAGAACUCUGUUUAACUGUCACACUACCCAAAAGACGGAUUCCCGUUCAGAUAACAGAACCAGCUUUGUCCCAAAAGCCCUGUGUGAAGGUAUUAGUCCAGUCCAGUGGAGUCCAGCUUUGGUCCCAUCCGGAUUCAGUCAACUUCAUCCAUCGAGUCUUCUGUCCAAGGAGGCCGGUCCAGCGUUUCAAGCUGGACGGAGGAGAGACGAGCGGGGCCGAGGGCCCGGCCUUCGUGCUGCGACACAGAACGUCAAACCUCAUCGAACACACGACAGAUAGCACGCCUACAGGUCCCAUGAGUCUCCGGGAGAAAGGAGACACGCCCACCUCAGGUCCUUCAACCAGUCACCUCAGCACCUCAGAGUGCCCCUCACACAGUGGGAGUUUCCCAGAGUGCGAUGAGGAGAGAAGAAUAAACGAGGAGGACGACAGAGGAAGGGAAGGAGAGGAGAAGGAGGAAGAGGAUGAGAGGAGCAGUGACGAAGGGUUCAUGGGAAUGACUCCGCUGCUGCAGGCUCACCAUGCCAUGGAGAGGAUGGAGGAGUUUGUACACAAGGUGUGGGAGGGCCGGUGGCGCGUCAUACCUCACGACGUGCUCCCCGAUUGGCUGAAGGACAACGACUUCCUGCUUCACGGCCACAGGCCACCCAUGCCUUCGUUCCGCGCCUGCUUCAAGAGCAUCUUCAGAAUCCACACGGAGACGGGAAACAUCUGGACACAUCUGCUAGGCUGUUUGUUUUUCCUCUGUCUGGGUCUGAUGUACAUGUUCAGGCCCAACAUGUCCUUUGUGGCUCCGGUCCAGGAGAAGGUGGUGAUCGGAAUGUUUUUCCUGGGGGCCAUUCUCUGCCUGUCCUUCUCCUGGCUCUUCCACACCGUCUACUGCCACUCAGAGGGCGUCUCCAGAGUCUUCUCCAAGCUGGACUACAGCGGGAUCGCCUUCCUGAUCAUGGGCUCGUUCGUCCCCUGGUUGUACUACUCCUUCUACUGCUCCCCUCAGCCCUGCUUCAUCUACCUGAUAGUGGUGUGCAUACUGGGAUUGGCCGCCAUCACCGUCUCCCAGUGCGACUUCUUCGCCACGCCGCAGUACAGAGGAGUCAGAGCAGGAGUGUUUGUGGGUCUGGGUCUGAGCGGCGUGGUCCCCACCCUGCACUUCGUCAUCAGCGAGGGUCUGAUCAAAGCCACCACCAUGGGUCAGAUGGGCUGGCUGUUGCUCAUGGCGACACUCUACAUCACCGGAGCCUGUCUGUACGCCGCUCGCAUCCCCGAGAGGUUCUUCCCCGGCAAGUGUGACAUCUGGUUCCACUCCCACCAGCUGUUCCACAUCUUGGUGGUCGCGGGGGCUUUCGUUCAUUUCCACGGCGUCUCCAACCUGCAGGAGUUUCGCUACACGGCGGGAGCGGGCUGCGCCGAGGACGGCACCCUCUAAUACACACACACACGUUCACUCACGUGCGCUUUUCGGGGAGGCGCUGGUUCUGAUAAUGUGCACAGAAUAACACACACACAUAAAACCUAAGACAUGCACACACACGCUCUCCCCCUCACCCAGACUGACGACUGAUCUGGAUAGUCUGGCUUGUGCGUAAUACACAGGAUGUCCCCCCAGGGGGCGCUAUUACAAACAACUAAGAGGGUUUUUGUUCUCUUUCUGUCCCUCUCAUCUGUCUGUCCACCUCCACCUCCUCCGGCUCCGUUCAGUAUAAAACCACUUCCAAGACAAGGUGUGCUUUAUAAACCAGUUUUGAGACUCUCUCCAGGAAGUGUGUUCGGAGGGGGCGAAGCAUCCAAAAUCUCCCUCCAGUAAUCCUGCGUUUUCAUCCGUGUUGAGUUCAGACAUUUAAGAGUUUAAUGGUUUGAUUUGAAAAGGAAGCUUAAUUGUGGCUUAAAAAAAAUCUUUUUGGGGUGUUUUUUGCUGAAUGUUGUUUUCACACUUGAGAGCGUUCAGACAUGAAAGAAUAAGUGAGCGGGACACGUCUCUGGAUUUCUUCCAUGACGGUGAAGGUAGCAGGGGGAGAUGUCGGGAAAUGGGGCGGGCAGGGGGUUAAUAGUCACUUUUAAAAGUAAAAAAAAAAAAAAUGAUAAAAAAAAACCUUUUCCAUGUAAAUAAGAUUUCUAAAUUUUGGGUUAUAGAUUUGUAUGAAAUAUAUAUAAAAUAAAAGAACAAAAAAAUAAUAAAUAAAUAUGUUAGAGUAAAGGCGAGGGUGGAGAGGUGUUAUACGUACACUUGCUCCAGCAGUGAGGCCGAUGGAGAGAACGACACUUUGGUCGGAGGGAAGCGCUUCAAACAACUUCAUGUAUUCUGUAUAUGCGAGGGCGAGAGGCGGAGGCGAGGAGGAAUGUGACGCACAACGUCCGAAUCUUAUCAAACAAAACGGCGACUUCAACGCCCGCCGGCGCCCUCGAGUCACUUUUCUGACCUUGAAACCUUGAAAUGGUAACGAGGAGGCAGCAGAACGACUGUCCUCUGCUCAGUUUUUUUCUGUUUUCACUGAUAUUUGCGCUUAAAACCAAAUCUCAAGUCAAAACUAUCAUAUAUAUAUAUAUAUUUAAGUAAUUAUGAUUUGUAGCCAUUUUUCUGUGACGCGCCCUUCAGUGAUUGGCUGAAAAACAUCAGGAUAUUUUUCUAAACGAGGCCCAGAGUCGUUCAUGUGUCACUUUGGUAAAACUGCAGUAUUAUUACAGCACAGAUGCAGUCGUAGUCUUCCUCCUCUGUGCUCAUAUUCACCUCCUCACUGAUCAAGGAUACUCUGCCUGGAAACACGUUAUUUUCUUUUUUGAUUGGAUUGUAUUUUAAUUUAUCCACUGCUGUUUUUGGUAUUAUUAUAUUUGCAAGCUUUAAUUUUUUUCUUUUCUGUUAUUUAUCUGUUGUUUCUCUCAUUUGAGGCGAGUCUCUCGCAGCCUAAAAACAGCAAAACAAGUCUGAUAAAGUUCAUUACUUUAAGCUUCACUUGGAGAUUAAAACAUUUUUAAAGCUGUGUGUAAUUUAGGUUUGCGAGUUCCUAUUUGACGGCUGCUUCUUUUGAACAGGAAGUGGAAUUCUAUCAUCACACACGUUUUUCUUUCUUUUCUUCUUCUUCUGUUUUUAUCUCAUCCAAUUUAUUUUAAUUUAUUUCUCUUGGGGAGCGCAUAGUGUCUGUCGAAGCACACGUUCCGUUCUGAUGGGAGUGUUUGAUUGCAAUAGACCUUUAUAUCUGCUGUAUUGUUCUAAUAAAAAAAAAAAGGUUUUUGG